UAAAAAAAUUAAUUAUAAUUAAUAAUAAAAAAUAAAAUAAAAUCGUGAUUCAAUUUUCUAUAAUUAAGUUAAAUAUUAUAUUUAUAUAAAAAUGAUAAAUGUACUUGAAAAUGGAAAAUAUAAACCAAAAAAAGAAUGGAAUAGUUCAAUACCAUCAUUAGUUGAUAUACAAGAACAUCAUUCAGAUGAAGAGAAUGUAUCUCCAUCACCAUCACCAUUACCAAUUUCGAAACAAGAAAAUUCUAAAACAUAUGGUUUACCACCGAAACCGCCACGACGUAGUUCACUUGCUAUUGGUUUAUUAGCUGGCCGUGGUUUUACUGAUAAAGGAAAUAAAAGAAGAAGUUCAAUUACGGUAGCAUUUUUAGGACGACGUGAUAAGAUUGCCAAAGAAACAUCAUCAUUUUAUGAAUCAAUUGUUAAAACAGAAAAAUCUGAUGGGUCAUCAAAUGAUCCAAAUAUAAUAUUUACAUCACAAUUACAUGGUGGCUCUAAUAAUUCAUUAGAUGAUAGCAAUGAUAAUGGUAAUGUUGUAAUAACACCUACACCAACAACAAAAGGUGUUGUAAGAUUUUUUGAAGAUAAUAAAAAUAAUCAAAAUCAAAAUAUUAAUAAAAAGAAACAAAAUAAUAAAAUAACAUUUAAUGAAAAUGAUAACAUUAAUUAUGAUAAUAAGGAUUCUGCUAUAAAAUCAAAAAAUCGUGGACGUCGUAUGUCUUGGCAAGCAAAAUUAGAACGUAGACGUCGCAAAAGUUAUUCAAAAAGUUUUAGUACCGGUGAUGGUGAUAGUAUUGAUACACAAUCAUUAGAGGAUCGAAGAAAAAAUUCUAAUGGUGAUGUUUCAUCAUCAACUAUUGAUGAAAAUGAAGAGAUUAUAAAUUUUAGAAGACAAAAAAGAAAUUCAUGGUGGAAUAUAUUUGUGCCAGAUAAUAUUAAGAGCAGGUCUCGUAGAGCUAGCCAAGAUGUCAACAUUAUGACAAGAAGUGCUGAUUCUCUUUCGCCACCUAUUAGAAGGAGUAAAUCAAGAAGUGUUGAUCAUGGCUUAGCAGCACCUUUUGAUUUGGAUUCAUUAAGAUCAAAAGUUGAAGGACGUUUUGAAAGUGUUGAUCGUCUAUCAAAAGAUGGCGAUAAACUUAAAAAAUCAUCUUUACCAUCGAUACCAACCACAAAUUAUACGGUUGGUAAUCGUGAUACACUUACAUCAGUUGCAGCACGUUUUGAUACAACACCAUCAGAGUUAAUGCAUUUAAAUAAAUUGGCUAGCAAUUUUAUAUAUUCAGGACAACAACUUUUAGUACCAGAUAAAUCAGCUGUUGCUGAUAAUACAUCAACAACAGGAUCAACAAGUGAUGAUAAAGUAUCAACAGCAUCUGGUAAAUCAAGUCCUAUUGAAAGAAAUAUAUCAACAGAUGCAACAAAUGAAGAAAAAGGUAAAAAUAAUUAUAUUCUUGAUGGAUUAAGACCUGGUUCACCAAAGCCUGGUCACAUUGAACGUGUUAGUACAGAAGGUAAAGAAGGUGGGGAUGAUCCAGUUAUAACACAACGUUUCCUUAAAAUAAAUGUUCGGCACAUAACCGAUGGCCAGGGUGUUGUUGGUGGUGUUCUAUUAGUGACACCAAAUGCUGUUAUGUUCGAUCCAAAUGUUUCAGAUGCUUUAGUUAUUGAACAUGGCCCUGAAAGUUAUGGUGUUAUUGCUCCUAUGGAGUUGGUCGUAAAUGCUGCCAUAUUUCAUGAUAUCGCACAUAUGCGGGUUGCUGGUACAGCUGGUAUAGGUAGUGGUGGAGGCAGUGAAUUAUCAACGAAUCAGAAUGAGAAGAUUGAAGUUUAUUAUCCAAAACCGAAAGAUUCACCGCGAUUAGAAGGUACACAGUCUCCUGGAAAAGAUUCAUUAUUAGUUAAAGAUGAUACAUUUCCGGAAUUAGGUGGCGUUGGUGUUAGCUCAGUUGAAACAUGUGAUGAUCAAGAAUCGAUUGCAUCUAGUUCUGGACGUGAUGGUAAUGCAUUUCCAAAGGCAUUCGAAAAGGAUCGUGUUACACCAGUAUCAGAAAACAGCUCAGAAAAACAAGAUAAACAACCUGAAAAUGAUUGUGAGAAAGCAGAUACCAAAGAUACUACGAAGACUGAAAGUAUUUGUGAAACUCAGGCGGAAAAAAAAGAAGCAUCUGAUAACGAAAUUAAGAAAGAUGAAUUAGUUGACUCACGUUCUACUCUUGAAGAACGAAGAAAAAGUCUUUUAGACCAUCAUUGGGCAAUACCAAGUAAAGAUAGAAUUAGUUUAAAUAAUUCACGAAGAUCUUCUGAAGAUGAAGGUGACCUGUUCAAUAGACGAAUUUCAUGUAUAUCCAAUUGUAAUAAUAUUUCCACAACGACAAGAAAUUCUAUUCCCGAUUCAAUAACUGAGAAAAAUGAUGCUGAAUUAGCAGCUGCUGUUACAGAAUCUCUAUUAAGAUUAAAUCAAGAACGCCGUAAUUCAUCAGGUUUUCCACUAUUAGAUUCUUUAAGUGGUUUUACUUCACAAUGCCGAAGUAAUUCAGUUAGUGGCACAACUGGUUUGAUUGGUUUAUCCGAUGGUAAAUACUGCAAUAAUAGUAAUAUUAUUGCACCUACUUCUUUAUUGACAACAGCAGCUUUAAACAAUAUAAAUAAUGUAAACAGCAAUAUUAAUAAUAAAAAUAUAAAUAAUUUAAAUAAUAAUAUAAUAAAUAGCACAAUUAAUAAUAUAAGUGCUGGUCUUGAUUUUGAAAAUGAUAAUGAUUCAUCAUUACAAUCCUAUUAUGAUUCUGGUAUUGAUAUCCGUGAUCCUAUUCCUGUUGUUGCACCUAUGCCAACAAAAAAAGUUUUUAGUGAUGCUGAUAUUGUUCUUAGCUCUGACUGGGUACCACCACGUACAAUAUCACCAACACCGCUUGGUGAAUCAUCACCAAAACCAUCAACAACAAAUUUACUUUCGCAACAGACACAAAGUUUAGAUACAACUCAAACAAGUCCCGGUGGAUCAGGUGGUCGUAAGAAAACAUCAAGUGUCAGUUUUAGUGUUGAUGAGAAUAAUGAAAAAGAAAAGUUAUCAGACAUCAGUGAUAAAACAGGCGAUCAAAAUAAAAAGAAUAAGAUGUUAAAACGAUUAUCAUAUCCUUUGACAUGGGUUGAAGGGCUUACUGGUGAUGGACAAACAAAACCAAAUGAAUCAGUUGAAUCAGCUCCAAAUACAGGUGAUUCAAAUCAAAGCGUAUUUUCCAAGGUGUUUUCAAGUUCGCCCAUAACAUUGGUAUCUGAAUUGGGUGGAAAUUUAUUUUCAAAAACACCAUCUGAAGAUUCUGGAGGUUCUCCCGUACCUCCAGUUACACCACAUUCGGAAGGUCAUUCAACCCCCGGACGUUCAUCAAUUGGUACAUUUAUGCGACCAAGUUCAACGGAUGGUUCAACGUCAUCUUCAGUUAAACAAAAAUCUCAACCACCUCAACCAAAAUUGGAUUAUCGUUCAAUGGUGUCAAUUGAUGAUAUGCCUGAACUUUUUGUUAGCUUUGAUAAAUUAAUUCCUCGACCGGCUCGUGCCUGCCAAGAUCCACCAUUAUAUUUGAGAUUACGUAUGGGUAAACCAAUAGGAAAAGCUAUACCAUUACCAACAUCAGUAAUGUCAUAUGGUAAAAAUAAAUUAAGGCCAGAAUAUUGGUUUAGUGUGCCGAAAAAUAGGGUUGAUGAAUUAUAUCGUUUUAUAAAUACAUGGGUACCACAUUUAUAUGGUGAAUUAAAUGAAGAAGAAAUUAAAGUUCGUGGUUUUGAAUUAAUUCAACAUGAUACAGAAUGGACGAAAAAUAGUGCUUCGAAAGAAGGUCGUAAGAAUAGUGAUGGUGAAGAUAUUACUGAAUUAACUAGAGAAUCAUGGGAGCUUUUAAAGGCGCCCUUCGUUAAAAGUUACAACAUUAGCAAAGAUUUUAUCAAAACUGCGGGAGAACAAGAUUUGGAUUUCUUAGGUUCCGAGGUGCUGUCUAUGAGCACAGAUGAUUAUAGAAAAGCAUCUUUAUUUGCAUCAAAUUCAUUUGAUUUAGAUUUUCCAAUACCAGAUUUAAUUGGAACAACCGAAAUUUUAACAGAAGAACACAGAGAAAAAUUAUGUAGCCAUUUACCAGCAAGAGCAGAAGGUUAUUCAUGGUCAUUAGUAUUUAGUACAUCACAACAUGGUUUUUCAUUAAAUUCGCUAUAUAGAAAAAUGCAAAGGCUUGAAAGUCCAGUUCUUAUAGUUAUUGAAGAUACUGAACAUAAUGUUUUUGGAGCUUUAACAUCAUGUUCAUUACAUGUUUCUGAUCAUUUUUAUGGUACCGGUGAAUCAUUAUUAUAUAAAUUUAAUCCAAGCUUUAAAGUUUUUCACUGGACCGGUGAAAAUUUAUAUUUUAUAAAGGGUAAUCCUGAAAGUUUGUCAAUUGGUGCUGGGGAUGGUAAAUUUGGCCUGUGGUUGGAUGGAGAUUUAAAUCAAGGUAGAUCACAAACAUGUAGUACAUAUGGUAAUGAAACACUUGCACCUCAAGAAGAUUUUGUUAUAAAAACACUCGAAUGCUGGGCAUUUGUUUAAAAUUCAACAAUAAGAAAACAAAAAAAAAAAAAACAA